AUGGGUUCUUCGCAAGGAUCUGCUUUUACGGCAAACGUGAGAGAUUUUGUUGAUAAAUCAUCAGCCUGUCAAGAGGUUAAGUAUUUGGAUAGUGUGCCUGUAUAUGUGAAAGAGUUGAUUGCAGGAGGCACUGCUGGUGCAUUCGCUAAAACUGCGGUUGCGCCUUUGGAACGGAUAAAAAUCCUUUUGCAGACAAGAACUGAAGGUUUUCGUUCCCUUGGAAUCUAUCCAUCUCUAAAGAAGCUAUUGAAGCAUGAGGGCAUUUUAGGAUUUUAUAAAGGAAAUGGAGCUAGUGUCCUUCGAAUUGUUCCAUAUGCGGCACUUCAUUUCAUGACUUAUGAACAAUAUCGGUCUUGGAUUUUGAAUAACUACUCAAUUUUAGGAACUGGACCUGUAGUAGAUCUUUUGGCUGGUUCAGCAGCUGGAGGAACUGCAGUUUUAUGUACUUAUCCGUUAGAUUUGGCUCGUACCAAACUUGCUUACCAGUUUACAGACACCGGAGGGAACUUGCAAAGGGGGUCAAGAAGCUUUCACUCUCGACCUGAAUAUAGUGGCAUAAAAAAUGUGAUACAGACCGUCUACAAAGAAGGGGGAGUACGUGGUCUUUAUCGGGGCAUAGGUCCAACAUUGAUCGGUAUUCUUCCCUAUGCUGGUCUGAAGUUCUACAUCUAUGAGAAACUAAAGAGGCAUGUUCCUGAAGAGCACCAAAAGUCAAUUUUGAUGCGUCUCUCAUGUGGAGCUUUAGCCGGUUUAUUUGGGCAGACUUUCACAUAUCCAUUAGAUGUUGUUCGAAGGCAGAUGCAGGUCGAGAAUUUGCAGCCUUCAUUACGAGAUGGUGCCAGAUACAGAAGCACCUUGGAGGGGCUUAUGACCAUUGUCCAUAAUCAAGGUUGGAGACAAUUGUUUGCUGGCCUCAGCAUUAAUUAUAUCAAGAUUGUUCCCUCAGUUGCAAUUGGUUUUACUGCAUAUGAUAUGAUGAAGGCUUGGCUUCGUGUACCUCCUCGACAAAAUUCAAAAGCAAUAUCUGCUGCUGCAUAA